GCUGCUCAGCCCGUCCCCUCAAGGCGCUUUCGGAGAUGAGGGUGAAGGCAGGGAACGACGCGGGGCUCCCGUGUACAACAGAGGAGGAGCUGCUCCAAAACCCAACCAUAAGGCCCGAGGACGUGCUCGGCCUGCAGAACAUCACUGAGAAUUACCUGUGCAGCCCAGAAGACAAUGUGCACAAGAUCGACUUUACUAGGUUCAAAAUCAGAGAUAUGGAGACAGGGACGGUUCUUUUUGAGAUCACCAAGCCUCCUUCUGCAGACAGUGCAGAGGACAGAAAGGACAUUGACCCCAACGCCGGACGUUUUGUGCGCUACCAGUUCACUCCCGCCUUCCUGCGGCUACGCAAGGUCGGAGCCACUGUGGAGUUCACAGUAGGAGACAUUCCAAUCAACAACUUCCGCAUGAUCGAGAGGCACUACUUCCGGGGGCAGUUGCUGAAGAGCUUUGACUUUGAGUUUGGCUUCUGCAUCCCCAGCAGCAAGAAUACCUGCGAGCACAUCUAUGAGUUCCCUCCCCUCUCCGAGGACCUCAUACACGAGAUGAUCCUGCACCCAUACGAGACUCAGUCUGACAGCUUCUACUUUGUGGACAACAAGUUGGUGAUGCACAAUAAGGCAGAUUACUCUUACACUGGUGGACCAUAGGAUCUCUCCUUCCUGAGCAUGCUCAGAAACAUGGACAGAUACGUCACAGGCUGGGGAGUAAAGCAUUAGCGCAGACUGAGAAUAGGCCCCUAAUCCAGUCUGGGAAUGCUUUUUCUUUUGGUGAAAAACACCCAAGCUCAGGGUUUGUGUGUAUGGAUGAGCGCAUGUAUGUGUGCCAGAGCCAGAGAAAAAAAUUGGCCCCUACUAAGCACACAGCAUGUGAGAUAGUCCUAGAUUUUUUUUUAAUUAUUGCCAACAACAUAG